AUGGGCUUUGGGGCCCCUGGAGAGGGUGACACCCCUGCCCGGAGUGGCGGGGGGCUGCUGUCUUGUGAGGGCUUGGAAAGCACAGGUGCUCGGAACUCGGUCCCGGCUCCCGUGGGAGGCGAAGCCAGCUGCGGGCUUCGUGUGCCCGCUAGUCCCCGGGCGGCCGGGGCAGACCCGCAUCGUCCGGUGUUCCAGGUGAGGAAGGAAAUCGGGAAGCGGACGCCUGCCUGGCGCCCCCCCGCCCUGCCCCCUGCAGCCCGGGAGCCAGACCUUGUCCUCACGGGCAUCCUUGUGUUACGGCGUCUCGGGAGAAAGAUGCUUGAAGGGCGCAGAGCCGCACCCCUCUGCGAGAGGCGCCUCGACUUCCGCACACGGGCGCCGUCGGAGCAGCCCCAGGAACUUCGGAGCCGGCCACCCUGGGAGAGGGAGCCCGUCUCUGGGUUUCCCUCCGCCGCAGCUGCAGCUUUUAAACCACCUGAGGCCGGAGGGGAGACAGGGUGGCCGAGCUUCCCGGGUUUGUCAAGGUUUUCCAGCCUGGUAACCCAGCCAGCCGGCUGUCCCGUGCACCUGUCCGUCCGUCCACCUGUCCGUCCGUCCGUCCACUCUGCAGCAGGUCUCCCAUGGGGGUGCGCGAAGCUGAGGCCCGUCAGACCAGACACUGCCCGGGGGGAGCCCUCGACUGGGGAACAACAGGCACCGUCCGUGACGAGGUGGCUGCUAUGGGGCCUGUCCUCGGGCUCUCCGUGCGGCACAUCGGGGCCCCCAGACCGGGUGAAGGAGCCACGGCUGACCAGCCGGGAAGCGGAGGGGCUGAGGAACGCAGAAACCUGGAGGGAGACAGGCCUGCAGGACCUCCUGCCACGGGUCAGGAGACAAAAACCGCCCAGGGCACACGGCAAGGGACACAUCGUGGCCAUCAGCUGCUUCUGUCCCUGGCACGGCCUGGGGCAUGGAGAGGACCCUUGCGUCCUGGCCCAUCAAUGUCCAAAACAAACCACGAGGAACACGUCCCCAGUCGUUAUAUGUCCAGGGAACAGCCACGACCUGACCAGCCGCCCAGGAUGGCCCCUACCCCCCAGCUAUGCCCCCACGAUCUGAUUUACGGUCAGAAGGGCUGUGUCUGAGUCACGGCCGGUUUCGGUUUGGGAUUCUGCAAGAUUCUCUCUGCACCCCAGCCUGCCACUCAUUUACACCACUGGAGUGUGAAUUCCAUGAAUAAAUUGUAUUAUCUCGGGGCCCGCGGGAUGACAAAAACACGAAAGCUGCUCCAUCCUGA